GAAGCUGCUUUCUUGCCACACUGGUAAUCGGAAGAAAAUUUUCUUUUCAGUAUUUGAAACUCGUAGACAAUGAGCACUGCUGGUCAGGUUAUCCGUUGCAAAGCUGCGGUAGCAUGGGAGGCUGGGAAGCCACUGUCGAUAGAAGAAGUGGAAGUGGCACCACCCCAAAAGGAUGAAGUCCGUAUUAAGAUUCUCUUCACUGCUUUAUGUCACACUGAUGUCUACUACUGGGAGUGCAAGGGUUACACUCCUCUGUUUCCUCGCAUACUUGGUCAUGAGGCCUCAGGGAUCGUGGAGAGUGUAGGUGAGGGCGUGACCGACGUGAAACCGGGAGAUCAUGUGCUCCCUAUCUUCACCGGAGAGUGCAAGCAAUGUCGCCACUGCCUGUCCGAAGAAAGCAAUAACAUGUGCGAUCUCCUUCGUAUUAACUGCGACCGAGGUGUUAUGCUCGCAGACGGCAAGACCCGAUUUUCCAUCAACGGCAAGCCAAUCUACCACUUCGUUGGAACCUCUACUUUUAGCCAAUAUACUGUAGUCCAUGUUGGCCAGGUUGCUAAGAUCAAUCCCACCGCCCCGCUCGACAAAGUCUGCCCUAUUAGCUGCGGAAUAUGUACUGGUUUUGGGGCCACUGUCAAUGUUGCUAAACCCAAAAAGGGUCAAACUGUUGCAAUUUUCGGACUGGGUGCUGUUGGCCUUGCUGCUGCUGAAGGUGCAAGGAUUUGUGGGGCAUCUCGAAUCAUCGCUGUCGAUCUGAAUCCGAGAAGAUUCGAAGAAGCUAAGAGGUUUGGGAUUACAGAAUUUGUGAAUCCAAAAGACUACGACAAGCCUGUUCAAGAGGUGAUCGUUGAGAUGACCGGCGGAGGAGUGGAUCGCAGUGUCGAGUGUACUGGGAGCGUCCAGGCCAUGAUUUCGGCAUUCGAAUGCGUCCAUGAUGGUUGGGGUGUUUGUGUGCUUGUUGGUGUGCCGAAGAAAGACGAUGCAUUCAAGACCCAUCCAAUGAAUCUACUGAGUGAGAGGACCCUCAAGGGUGCUUUCUACGGCAACUACAAACCGCGCACUGAUAUUCCCAUGGUUGUCGACAAAUACUUGAACAAGGAGCUGGGGCUGGAUAUGGACAAGUUCAUCACUCACUCUGUCCCUUUUGCCGACAUCAACAAGGCUUUCGACUACAUGCUGCAAGGCAUAGGUCUGAGAUGCAUGAUUCAUUUGGAUGCUUAAGCAAGUAGUGCUGUGCUGCUGCAUAUUGAUCUAUUUGUGGAUCAGAAGUCUACCUUGUAUUGUACUGUGUGAUAUUUUGUGUCUACUUUCCCAGUUAUCAAGAGUGCUCUUGUCAAUAUAAAACUCUAAACUACAUAGAGUUUUAUAUUAUGUGCUGAGAGAAUAA